GUUUUUGUUUUAUUGUGUUGAGUGCAUGGAUUUAACCUGUAUGUAUCCUUCCCUCCCCAUCAACCUAAGACACAUCCUCUAGCUGCCACUCUUGUGAGAGGUUGGCUUCUUCCCUCCUGCCUAAUAAUGUAUCACAGAUAUUUCCCAUCCCAGCUCUGGUGUGACACUGGCUCUAUGCUGGUAGUUCUCUGCACAUUUUAGUUCUGGUUAUAAACCUCUUCUUAACCAGGGAUGAUAGGAUUUGGGGAUAAAGGUGAGGUUUGGUUGUAUCACUUGCAUCUCUAGUUAUGAACAGCAAGUAAGAGGCGGGGCUCAUGUGUAAUGCAGCAUGGGGGGAGGAACUGCUUAUGUAACUGGGACAGCAGAUUUAGUGAAAGGAGAGAGGCAGAGGCUGGGAAUGGGAACAAUUAACUGUCGACAGGGGCAACAUGCCCAGGUGGCUCUUCCUAAUAAGCAAGGUAGCAACAUCCAGGGCCCCUGGGUCCGAGGCUGGAAGAGCCUCUGGUCAGGUGUGGGAACCACCAGGUCAGGCCUGGAAGAACGGUGGGGACUACGGGGGCAUCAGUGCCAACAUCAGGAGCCAGCUUCACGGCUAGUAGAGAAGCCUCUGUCUGCAUGGCCAGUGCCUCAGUUCAUCAACCUCUUUCUGCCGGAGUUUCCCAUUAGGCCCCUUAGAGGGCAUCAGCAGCUGAAGGUUUUAGGCCUUGUGGCUAAAGGUUCCUUUGGAACUGUCUUCAAGGUGCUAGACUGUGGCCAGAAAGCAGUAUUUGCAGUGAAGGUGGUGCCCAAGGUCAAGGUCCUCCAGAAGGACAUCCUGAGGCAGUGCAAAGAGGAGGUUAGCAUCCAGCGACAGAUCAACCAUCCUUUUGUACAUGGUUUGGGAGACAGCUGGCAGGGAAAACGGCAUCUCUUCAUUAUGUGCAGCUACUGUAGCACAGAUCUGUACUCCCUGUGGUCCGCUGUUGGCUGCUUUGCUGAGGCUUCCAUCCGCCUCUUUGCUGCUGAACUGGUCCUGGUGCUGUGCUAUCUCCAUGACUUGGGCAUCAUCCAUCGGGAUGUGAAGGUAAGAAUGGAGAAUAUCCUCCUGGAUAAACGAGGUCAUCUGAAACUGACAGACUUUGGUUUGUCCCGCCACCUGCCCCAGGGAGCUCGAGCCUAUACUAUUUGUGGCACUCUUCAAUACAUGGCCCCAGAGGUCCUUAGAGGAGGGCCUUACAACCAUGCUGCUGAUUGGUGGUCCCUGGGUGUUUUGCUUUUCUCUCUGGCAACUGGAGAGUUCCCAGUGGCCGCAGAGAGAGAUCAUGUGGCCAUGCUGGCAAGUGUGACCCACAAUGACUCUGAGAUCCCAGCUUCUCUUAACCAGGGGCUCUCACUUCUGCUCCACGAGCUCUUAUGCCAGAAUCCCCUCCAGCGUCUACAUCAUUUGCAUCACUUCCAGGUCCACCCUUUCUUUCGGGGUGUGACCUUUGACCCAGAGCUCCUACAGAAACAGCCAGUGAACUUUGUCUUGGAGACUCAAGCUACCCAGCCUAGUCCAUCAGAGUCCAUGCUGUUCAAGGACUUUGACUGUAACCUGGAGUCCUAUCUGGUCUACCCUGGACUUGCUUGAACCCCUCUACUAUAGACUGGGGCCCAUCUGGGAACCUGAGCAUCUCCUCCAUUGCCAACUCAGUAUGACCACCUUGAUGAUCCAGUUUUUAUUUAUUUAUUUAUUUAUUUUAAUAUAUUUUAUUGGUUUCGGCAACAGUUGUUUUUAAAUAAUUGGAUCCCUACAGAACUUAAUUCCAAAUACAUUAAGGCUUUAAAUGUGAACAUCAAAACAUUAAGAAUCUCAAGAACAUUUGGGAGACUAGACUUAUAAUCAGGGUCUAGAGGAGAUAACUAAACCAAGAAAGAAAAUGAAAACACUUUAAAAAAAAAAAGGAAAACAUUUACAUACAAAGUUGAUGAAUGAAUCACUCAAGAAAUCCAGAUGCUCUGGAAGGAAAAAUAAACUUUGUGACCACAUAAGUUGGAUCUUUGUAUGACUCAAGAUUGCAUUAAUAAAGCCAAUGGACAGCCCAGCUGGUGUGGCUCAGCAUUGAGCAUUGACCCAGAAAGUAAGAGGUCACUGAUUUGAAUCCUUGUCAGGGCACAUACCCAGGUUUCGGACUCAAUCUCCAGCAGGGGCUUUGCAGAAGGAAGCUGAAUGAUGUUGAUGUUUUUUUCUCAUUGAUGUUUUUAUCUCUAUCCCUCUCCCUUCCUCUCUUUCUAAAAAUCAAAACAUUUUAAAAACUAAAGCCAAUGGACAAAAAAAUAGAUCCUAAAAAAUACAAUGUGAUGACAGUUAAUGUCUAUAACACAGUCUGGCUGUAGUGGCUCAGUGGUUGAGCACUGACCUAUGAACCAGGAAAUCACAUUUUGAUUCCUGGUCAGGGCAUAUACCCGAAUUGCAGGCUUGAUCCCUGAGGCAGCAGAGCAAUGAUUCUCUGUCAUCAUUAAUAUUUCUAUCUCUCCCUCCACUUCCUCCCUGAAAUCAAUAAAGAUAUAUACACAUUUAUUUUUAUAUUUUAAAUGUCUAUAACAGAGUUCUUACAAAUCAGAAAAGAACCCUUAUUUUUAAGGGCAAGGAAUAUGAAGUGACAAGUCAAUUAUAUCUAUAUCAGUUGACUUAGAGGCUCUAUACAAGACACUGAGAGAGAAAUACGUGUUAAGAAAUAGUCA